CAAUAAUGUCAUACUCAUUUGAAUAGUCAUCGUCAUAUUAUUUGGUCUUUGUUUGUUUGUGUGAACCAAUAGUCUUGUCAGUGAUAUAAGUAUUUCAGGGUCAACAACAUUCUUAUCAUGGAGAUUUAUAAAUGAGUAAUGGGCGUAUGUUGUGAAUCACUCAUCUCAUUCUGACUCUGAGUUAGUUGCUGCUUUGUUGUGCAAACGAAAGCUGCUUAUUUUGUUUCCUUUCAUUUGUGUGUGUUGGUUUGAUUUAAUUAAACAAUGUCUGCUGAAGACCCAAGUAUUCCAAACACCUCUGUUGAUAACAACUUCAUAGAGUUCCAAAAGUUUAUAAAGAAGUUUGAGAGGGAGUAUCGCAAUUUUGAAGAGUUUGAGUUGCGAUACAAGAUUUUUUUGGAGAGUCUCAAGUCAAUUGAUGAACUGAAUAAUGCUCCUGGUCAAACGGCAACAUUUGGUGUCACUCACUUUGCUGACAGAACUGAGCAUGAGAAGAAACGAAACAUGGGAGUCUUGAAGCGUCCAAAUUAAGACGACCAGGUCCAGUUUUCAAGCUCUAUGGAGUCACACCAACAGUGUUAAUGCUGUGAUAAUUCAUAUAUGCAUUUUCAGAUGUAUUUUCAAUGUUUUUGUGAUAUAAAUAUAUUUUAUGUGAUUUAAAA